AUGAGUGCUAUUUUAUCAGCUGAUGAUUUGAAUGAUUUCAUUUCACCGGGUGUUGCUUGUAUUAAACCCCCGGCAGAGAACGUUAAUCGAGAUACUAAUAAUGAAAAUGGUGAGGUAGAUAUCCAAAUAGAUAAUGAAGGAAAUCCGAUAGAAAUAUCUAGACUAGAUGGAACUGCUACUAGUUUAUCAGCGGCACAGAUAUCGCUCGCUGACUGUUUGGCUUGUUCAGGAUGCAUCACUUCAGCCGAAGAAAUUUUGGUUGCACAGCAUUCACAUAACGAAUUGAUUAAAGCAUUGAAGGAAAAAGUUCAGAAUAAAACGGAUAAGGUUUUUGUGGCAAGUAUUUCACACCAAUCAAGAGCAUCUUUGGCCACUGCGUAUAACUUGACAGUGGAAGAGGUGGAUAGACUUCUCAUCAACUUGUUUAUUAAUCAGAUGGGAUUCAGUUAUAUUGUGGGCACAUCGCUUGGAAGAAAGUUAUCAUUGAUAUAUGAGUCACAAAAUAUAAUAAGCAAGAAGGAAGAGAAGUUCGAGGGACCCACAUUAUCGUCUAUUUGUCCUGGGUGGGUGCUAUAUGCUGAGAAAACACAUCCAUAUGUCUUACCCAGAAUUUCAGACGUAAAAUCGCCCCAGCAAAUCACCGGAUGCUUGCUCAAAACUUUGACAGCCCGUGAUUUGAAUACAACCAGAGACAACAUAUACCAUUUAUCCAUUAUGCCAUGCUUUGACAAAAAGUUGGAAAGCGCAAGACCCGAGAAAGGGGAACCAGAGUCCGCUCCCAACGACGUUGAUUGUGUGCUUACUGCAAAGGAAUUAAUUACAUUAUUAGAUGAACAUUCGGAUGACUUUUCCUUGUUCCCACCACAAGUGGAAUCUAUAUUGUCUGCAUCUUUAGUUUCUACAACUGAAUUAUAUACGAAAUGUGCCCCUAAGAAUUGGCCGUUUGUUGAUCUUUCAUGGUCCAAUGAUAACGGUUCAUCUUCUGGUGGAUAUGCAUACCACUACAUAAAAUUGGCACAGGAACAUCUAAUCUUGAAGGAUCCUUCUACAUACCAACCCGAAAAUUUUACACUAAAGACAAUCCUGGGCCGGAAUUCUGAUAUUUAUGAAUUGCGGUUGAUUUACAAAGAUGCAACUGUUGCUAGCGCUGCAAUUGUUAAUGGCUUCAGAAAUAUCCAAAAUCUUGUAAGAAAAUUGAAACCAUCAACAAAACAAACUUCAACAGUGAAAGCAAACCCACUCGCUAGCCGUCGUCGUGCUAGAUUGGCCUCGAAAACAGACGGAACAGCUUCGUCUAAUAAUGCCACCCAGGACACAGCAGAUGCAUCCAAAUGUGAUUACGUUGAAAUAAUGGCAUGUCCAAAUGGCUGCAUCAAUGGUGGAGGUCAAAUAAACCCGCCUGCAGAUGUUCCAGAGAAAGAAUGGCUAACAAAAGCAUCAGAAAAUUACACUAAUAUACCCUCAUAUGAUUUGUUAUCUGCUGGUUCCAAUGGAAAUAUGUUAUCGGAACUUAUCGAAUGGUGUCAAGAAUUCUGUAAAGAAUUCGAUCUCAAUCAAAAUAGAUUACUCAAGACAUGGUUUCACGAGGUCGAGCAAUCUACGGACCCUAAUGCUAUUUUAUUAGGUGCUAAAUGGUGA